CUUACUUAAACAUUUUAACACACCCUCUCCGCUCUCAUUCUACCGUACCCAAAACCAUGAACCACCAACCCCUUCUGCUCACACUCUCUUGCUUCUUCCUCGCUUCCUCCUCCGUCUACAGUUCUGGGGGCGGCGGCAACACCCCGAAACCCGUACGGAGAGAAGUGUACGGCAAUGGGAGAAUCUUUGACAUCACCCACAGGUACACACCGGACCUUCCUUUCUAUGGUUCCAAGAAUGGGAUCGGCCACUUCCUGUGGCUCCAGCUCAGCAUGAAGAAUGCUUCUCUCACCAACAACUCUGAGUUCGACUUGCCUGUCCACACUGGAACCCAUGUUGAUGCGCCUGGCCAUGUUUUUGAUGACUACUUUGAUGCAGGGUUUGAUGUGGAUCAGCUUGACCUGGAUGUCCUCAAUGGUCCUGCUCUUGUUGUUGAUGUUCCCAGAGAUAGCAACAUAACUGCUGAAGUUAUGAAGUCCCUAAAUAUUCCCAAGGGUACACGCCGGGUCCUUUUCAAGACAUUGAAUACUGACAGGCGGCUUAUGCAUCGAAAGGAAUUCGACUCGAGCUUUGUGGGAUUCACGGAGGAUGGAGCAAAAUGGGUAGUAGACAACACAGACAUCAAACUUGUUGGAACUGAUUACUUUUCCAUUGCCACUUAUGAUGAAGCAAUUCCAGCUCAUGUUGCCUUUCUCAGAGGCAGGGAAAUCAUUCCUGUGGAAGGCCUAAAGCUUGACGACAUCCAACCCGGAAACUAUUCUGUGCAUUGCUUGCCUCUAAGGUUGCUUGGUGCUGAAGGAGCACCAACAAGAUGCAUCCUCAUCAAAUGAGAUGAUCCUUGAGCAGAGAGAGAGUCUCCAGAGGUGUUGAAAGGAAUAAAGAAGCAGUACAAAAGUUAGGGAUAUUGCUCCUAAUCUUGUGGUUGGUAUGUAGAGGUGCCCCUUGUAUAUGGCAUCUAGCUAGACCUUAUUGUACUGCUCAUGAUUCAGAGUCCAACAAAACUUCUUUUUCAACUUAGAUUAAAAGAAAAAA